UCUGACAACAGGUUCAUCCCAAAUCAAGCUGUGACCCCCGAGCCCCGACACUACAGCUACAUGCCCCACUUUAACCACAAUGCCAACAUUUUCUGUGACUACACUCCCAGCCAGGCCUCUGGUCAUCUGCCCCUUCACCAGCAGCCCCUGCUGGUUGGACCCCAACUGCCCCAUGCUGGGAUGGAGGGGAAGCGUGGUCGAAGGGCCAUGGGGAAAAAGAGGCCUGCCAUCCACAGCUGUGAAUACCCCGGCUGCAGCAAGACCUACACCAAGAGCUCACACCUCAAGGCUCACCUCCGCACCCACACAGGAGAAAAGCCUUACCACUGCUCAUGGGAGGGCUGCAGCUGGAAAUUUGCCCGCUCAGACGAGCUGACACGUCACUACCGCAAGCACUCGGGUCAAAAACCCUACAAGUGCCUGCUGUGUCAAAGAGCCUUCUCCCGCUCCGACCAUCUGGCUCUGCACAUGAAGAGACACACCUGAAGCUCCCUCCCUCAUGCACACACAAACCACUGGCAUUUAAACAAAGAAAUUAAAAGGCAGACAACUUAAUGACUCAGAAAUAGUUCUUCUUCUGAUUCAAAUCAGCACACUGAGCAAGUGCAUAUGAAUGGACGCAUAUAUUAACAUAUUCUCAGUAACCUGAAGUGUGUACUUCAUUAUCUGGAUGGUUAAAAAUAUGGGCACACAGUUAGAUUUGAAAAGUGACAACACAACCAGUGAUGUUUGCCACCAUAAAUUAUUGAGAACAGGCAUCCUGGUGGACGUUAUUCAAUAUUGUUAUUGUCUGGUUUCUUGACCAUUUUUGGUUUGGUGCAAAGCAGAAAUGACACAAAUCUCAUUCAAAAGUUUUCAACAAAUGGAAUACUCUCUCAGUUCAGAUUCCGAUGUGUUAUCCUAGAAGCAGCUAAUGUUGCCUCAAGUAAAGAUGAGCAUCAGGCUGCAGGGGUCUGCUCUGUUCACUUCUUUCUAGAUCUACACCUCCAGCUUUUAGCUCAGCUCCAACCAACACCGACUCUAAGCACUCGGGUCAAAAACCCUACAAGUGCCUUGAGGCAGUUUAUCAUGUUGUGUCACAAAAGGCUUCAUAUAGCUAUUUCCCCACCAGUGCAACAGUCCUCCCCAAGGCCUUUAAACACACUUUUAUGUGUAUAACUGGCAGACUUCUUCUUUAAUGUGACAGUGUAGGCUUGUUUUUAAUUAGCUCCAGUUUAGAAUAUAUGUACUCAGAUUAGUUUAUUGGACAUCAACAUCGACAACGAAGCUGUUGGAAUAAGUUUUUCUCAUUCUCUCUUCAACCCUGACACACACGCAUACAUGUAAACUUUGAGGACCUCCAUUAAGUGUAAAGAUUUCUCUAUUCUUAAACCUUAACCAUCAGAGCCAUGUCUGACCUCAGUCCUCAUCAUAUAAGCUAUAUCUAAAUAUAAUUGUAAUCCUAAAACCGAAGACUUAGUUCUUACUCGACUAACUGACAAAGAAAGGACCAAAAUGCCCUCACUCUGAAAGUCUGAACAUUAAACUGGUCUUCUACAGACCAGUACAAGAACUCACUAUCAAGAUGUAAAGUUAAGGCGCUUUCUGCAACAAGAGCCGCUCAGGAACACAAUGUACACAAGGUGGGCAGUAGACAGCAGACGUAAACACUAACAAAAGACCUGCCAAAAACGUGUGUAACAGAAGUUAUAGUUGUGUAUCCAGCAUGGCUCACUUACUGCUUAGCUGUAUCGUCACAGAGAUGAGCUGAUAUCUUUGUCUGAUUUUUCUUGCGAGCAAGAACAUUAC